GCUAGGAAUCAUUGUCAGUGUCAGUUUAAUAGUGUUUAUAAAUAUUGUUUGCUAUCAAGACUUAUUGGAUUGGAAGACAUUUUCAUUUUAUAUCAUUGUAAAAUAUUAAUUUUAUUUAUUGGAAAAAUCAUUAUACUUAAUUCAAGAUGGCAGAUAAAAAGGCCAAAAAGGAAGCGAAGAGGUUAGAAAAACUAAAAGCUGAGGCCGAAGCGAGAAAACAAUUGAAAAGGGAAGAGCUUCUUCGCGAAAUGGCUGCUCAAGCCGUGAGAAAGGGCGAAUUGGAUAAAAGUUGGCGUGAAAUGAUGUUAAAGAUAAAGGAGCCCGUGUUCAGGCAAGACAUCGAAGUCAUGUGGCAUACGUUCGAAAGAAUGUAUGAUAAAAAGGACCAUCUAAUUAACUACACAAUAAAGCUUAUGAAUGUUGCCGAUGACCAGUUUCAGCGAACUGUUGCGAGUUUCUGUGAUACGAUUGACACAAUGAUUAACAAAUUUCUUUUAGAUUUAGAACAAUUGUCGAAAGAUAACAAUCGUAGAACUGCUGCGUUACUCAAACGAGGUGAAGAUGACGCAGCACGUAUUAUGACAGAUCAUAACGCCGCCGAAACGCACCUUCAGCUUUUGUUAUACCAUGCUCAUACUACGGCCGAUAGCUUGGCUUGGACUACUCGAGGCGAAAAUUUAGUGAAGGAAGACGAAGAAACAAACAAAUAUGCAAAUGAGCGUGAGAAUUUACGCUCAUUUUUGGAAAACAAUUACAGUUCUAUGUGGGAUGAAUAUAAAGCCGUUCUAAAAAACUAUGUUGUUGAAACUGCCGAUAAUCAAAAACAGGUUCGGAAGUUGCGACAUAAAGAAAAUUUAAUGGCUGAUAUUAUCGCUUCGCAAGGUAAGAAAAUAGCAAAUAGUGAUGGAUUGCUAAAACGCCUCCGUACUGAAUUGGCUGCUUACGAAUCCGGUACUAAGCAAGCCGUAUUCAGAGACCGACGCAACAGACACAGAGAUGCAUGUUAUCAACUCAAGAAAAGUUUAUAUGAUGGUGUCGAUACUGAUGGAAGACAAUUAGCUAGAAUGGUACGAAUGUCUGACGAUACUGUUGAAUGGCUUGAAUCAGCGCACAAGAAAGUUGAAAAAAUUCUACGCAUGGCUGCACUUUGCCGUAAAUUUGAAACUCGGCAAGAAAAAGUGCUACCAUAUGGUUUUACUAUGCCUCAUUCGCCUGUACAAACUAAAACUAAUAUCCGUAAACAACAAUCCGAUGAUUCUUUAGUAACAAAUGCCAUAUCAAGUACUUGUGGUUUGACAAGGCUAUGGCAGAAAAUAUCAAGAGCCGAGUUAUCAAGAAGAGCUUUGAUGCGUGAAAAAAUGUUACUUGAACACGAAAAUUCUAUUAUUACACGAAGACUGCAGGAAUAUAAAGAGAAUAAGUUUAAACCGGAUACCCAAGGAUGUUUAUGUAAUAAAACGGAAAACAAAGUUUCUACUUCAACACCCGUUGCUAUUGAAGGAGUUUUUGAAGUUUUAAAAGCGAUGCGUAAGUAAAAUUAGAUGGUCAUAUUUGAAGAGUGAUGAAUAAAUAUUUAUUUUUGUUUAA